AUUGCUUUUUCAGUCAAUUAAAACGCGUCACAUCGAUAAUACGAAGAAAAUAAAAAUAAUUUUUGUAAAACAAUCGCGUUGUAUACAGGGAAUAGUGCGACUCAAUUAAUAAGUUUUCAUGGUUCGUUUACAGUUGUUGGGAGCCAAAAUUCUCGAUUAAGAUACUAAUGAGGACCAUUUAUAUGCAACAAUUGUCGGUGAAACUCUUUCGUGCAACAAUAAUUAUCCGAUAAUAUUCCAUACAAAAUAAAUUAUUUAAAACUAAAAUUGAAAUUUAUGAUGACGCAAUCGCGGGUAGUAAUUAUUUUAACAGUAUUCUCAUCAGUAUUCUCAACAGUAUUCGGUCAAGCAUGGGUGAGUCCAUAUUUUCUGGAUCCAAACACCACAGGAAUAAUGUUUGACCAAUUCGUCAAUUCGCAAAGAAUUCGAAUGUUGGAGGAAUUGCCAAGGCCAAUAAAACUGGCCAUCAUCAACUAUGCCGGCACUGGGACACCAUACAUUGGCGAUUUUAUAGAUUUUACCGGCGGAGCAGCUAGCAUACAGAUGACUGUAACGAGAGAUAAUGGAGAAUGGGCAAUAUUCAUUGAAAACCGACAAGAUUACGAGAAUCCAAACCAACAAAGUUAUGAGUUCGUGGUGGGCAUCCGCGACGAUAUCACUGCGCCAACGGAUAUACGAAUUUUGAUCCGAGUAAUGAAUAUAUUCGAUAACGAUCCAACGAUCAUAUACGAUGGGCCAUGUAAAGCGAAGGAAUUACAUGCAAAUUAUGACACAAAUUGUAAAUUUCAAGUGUACGAUGCUGACGGUUUGUUAGACAAUGACAUUCGAAUCGAAAUCGAAGGAGACUACAAUGAGACUGAACACUUUGAAUUCAGAGAUCCAGUGGAUGUGGAUAGCUACACCAGGGAAUACACCCUAUUCGUUACCAACGAGGUCCGAUAUGUUGACAGAGUGCUGUACAAUUUCAAAACUCAUGUCUAUGACAUUGCCGACAACAAGGGAUCGGUAACAACAAUAGUAGAAAUUGAGGACAUACCCAGCGAAGAUCCAAUAUGGGUGACACCAUUUGCGACGCUUCGUUUCGACGAAAAGACGACGCAGUCGAAAUCAGUGAAAGCAAUCGAUGGUGACACCGGCCUAAAUGAGCCGAUACAUUACAGGCUAGCCUUCCACAGUGGUGACUACAGUGAAUACGUAUCCGUUGAAGAAACUACCGGUCUUAUACACAUCUCGGAAAUAGACCGAGAUGCUUUGAAACAGGAAGUAUUUCCAUUUCAUGUGAUUGCAUACAAGUGGAACAAUGAAAGCUGGGCUAUAACCGGAGAAGCUGUGCUAAUUGUGGACGAUGUUAAUGACAAUUAUCCAGAAAUUGAAAUCGUUCCCGAUUUAAUUGAAUUCGACGAAAACAGAUAUCUGACUCUUGCACUGGAAAGGUUCAUUAUUAAUGACAUUGAUUUGGGAAUCCACGCUACAUACGAUGUCAGCCUACUUAGUAGUAGUGGCUCGCUGAUCAAUUACGCCGAACCAUUCAGUGUGAUUCCGACAAGAGGUUACCAGGAAUCCGCUUUUACGAUUUCGGUCAUAAACACGGCCAAGCUCGACUUUGAGGAUGAAGAGUGGCAGACCUUCGUGAUCAUUAUCAAAUCACAGGAGGAAGAGUUCACCGAACACAAUCGAACAUUUGAACUGAACGUAAAACUGAAGAACUGGAACGAUGAGUUCCCCAUCUUCAAUAACACCGAGUACAUGAUCGACGUGUUGGAAACAGUUGAAGCAAAUGAAAUAUUAACAUCGAUAGCGGCCACCGAUCGUGACAUUGGCGAUGAAGUGAUUCACAGAAUAGUGGGAAUGACCGAAUUACUCAUCUCACGUGAGGGUACAAUUUCAACGUUGCGGAAUGAUACAUUUGAUUACGAGACACAAACUCAGGUGUUGGUACAAAUCCAAGCAACUGAUACACUCGAAACAUAUCCCGGAGAGAAAUUGAACAGUGCAUAUGCUCAGCUUAUAAUAAAUGUAAUCGAUGUAAAUGACGAGACUCCUCAAAUACGAAUGCCUCGACAGUCUCCGUCAAUCGAAGAAAAUUCAAUCGGAGGUGUUAUUGUCACUGAUGGCAUUAUAGCUACCGAUCCGGACACAACAGCGGAUCUAGAGUUUUCGAUCAAUUGGGAAUUGUCUUAUGCCACGAAGUCCGGUCAGGAGGCUAAUCAGACGCUCUAUGAAAACUGCUUCAUAAUCGAAGCUGAUAAGACUGAUCAUAAUCGGGUCAUUGGACAUCUGAAAGUUAAUCCAGACUUUCCGAUUGAUAUUGACUACGAAGAGUACGAAGUGUUGUAUUUAGCCAUCUUUGUCACUGACUUGAACCAAGUGGUCAACGAGGGCACUGCUGAUGCUGUACUAACCGUUCGAAUAGAAGAUGUCAACGACAAUGAACCGAUGUUUAUUCUGGACACAUUGAAUACGUUAAGAAGUGUGGUUGAAGAAGCAGCGUCUGGGACAUUGAUCGGUACAAUAUUCGCCCAAGACAUCGACGGACCAGAGUUCAAUGUUUUCAAGUAUUCGAUUAAACCAUCAUCCGAAUCGACACCGGACGAUCUCGUCGAAAUCAACGAAGAUAAUGGUGUCAUUACAGUGCGAGAUGGUGCUAUUAUUGACUGUGAUGGCGAUCCGAAAAUCUAUGACCUUGUCUAUACAGUCACCCUAAACGACAGUUUGUGGAUAACAGAGGGCGAAAUCAGAAUCAACAUAAUCGACAUCAACAACAAAUAUCCGUUUUUCGGGGAAUUUGAAGUUGAAGUUAGUAUCUACGAGAACGCAACUACUGGCGAUGAAAUCCAGAUAAUCUUGACAUCGGACAUGGAUCGAGAUCCGCCACAUAACAUAACCCACUUCAUGAUCAACUUCCUGCAAUUCCCGAAUUUGGGCCGCUAUUUCGGAAUCGACGAACUUAGUGGUCAGCUAUCGGUUAAAUUGCAAGGAGAUGCCGUUUUGGACAGAGACAACGGCGAAGACACUCACGACAUUCACAUCAACAUUGAAGAUAAUUAUCAGGGCAAUGGCAGAACCAAUCAAGACAGCACAAUGCUUCGGUUAAUUCUUCUCGAUGUAAAUGACAAUGCGCCCAUUAUGCCAGAGCUCCAACCGACGAUUUCAGAAAAUGCCCAAAUUGGUGAUAGAAUCGUGACUGGCUUCUACGCCCCGGACAUUGACGAUCCGGCGACACCGAAUGCACAAGUGGAAUACAGAAUUGUAUCGGUUGCCGCAGGAGGCGACAAUGCCGAACAAAUACCGGAUGCUAGCGACAUUUUCGAAAUACGAAAUUAUGAUCUCAAAUACUGUGACAUUGUGGUCAAACAACUGCUGAAAGGCUUCUACGGAAUGUGGCUGGUAACCAUCGAGGCGUAUGAUCACGGGCACGAGUUUACAACACAGUUGCAAUUGAAGUCCGAGAAAACGUAUCAGUUUGUCAUCAAUCCGUUUAACUAUAUGGCACCCGAAUUGGUCUAUCCCUUGUCGGGCAAAGCCCAUCGACUGAGCUACGAUAAUCAACAACUGAACAGACCGUUACUUCUUGCCGACAAUACGCCCGUUCCAAUGUUCGAAGCUAGAGAUGAUGACGGUGGCGAUUUCGGCAAAAUUACAUUCGAAAUUGCCAGUUAUGGUGGAGGUGACGAUGCAUCGUACUUCCGGAUUGUAGAGGAGACUCGUAACAAAUCACAAAUUUAUUUACAAAAGCCAAUUGAAGCGCGAUUUUAUCAGCUGAACGUAAGGGCGUCUGACGGUGGACCAAGAACAUCAGAAUGGGCGAUGGGAGUUUUGUUCAUUUUCCUUGAUUUGACUGGAGAACCAUUUUUUGAUAUGCCGACCUUUGAAACCAAUUUUACAGAGAACGUGACCGGAUUAGCAGAGACACAGAUUAUACCCGAAGCGGUUGAUCCGAAAAACAUUGGCCUUGAGAAUGAAGAUGAUAAAUUUAUGAUUUACUAUUUCAUUGACACCGAGUACCGACCGGACGAUGCUCGACUAUUUGAAUUGGAUCGAGUGACGCGAGUAUUACGAUUGACAACGGAAUUGGAUCGUGAAGAGAUUGAUAAUCAUCAAAUUCGUAUAAUCGCUACCAAUAACCUGAAUGGGCCAGAGAAUGCGAAGGAGAGUUCAUUGCUGCAAGUAUUUAUAUCGGUAAAUGAUGUAAAUGAUAAUCCUCCAAGCUUUGAGCAGAAAUUGUAUGGUGCUGGCAUAACACCGACGGAUUGGUUAACUAAAGAAAUCUUAACUGUGACGGCUAACGAUCCGGAUUUGAAUGAUGUAAUACGGUACAGGAUAGACGAUGAUGGCAUCACGGCUAAAGGAGACUAUUUGGGUAACGUAGAGAGUACGGCAUUCACUUUGGAACGUGAUACCGGUGUACUUAGGCUAAACUUCGAGGUGUUGGCAGUAAUGAAAGGAUAUUUCGAAUUCAAAAUUGUGGCCUACGAUUUGGAGAAUCACGAAGACGUAUGCGACGUAAAAAUAUUCAUAAUAGCCGAUUCAGCUAGAGUUACGUUCGUGCUGCUGAAUGAAAAAGCAAGUGUGGAACAUCACAGAGCAUAUGUCGCCCAAACGUUAUCUCGCUUCUAUGAAUAUGAAUGCUACAUUGACGACAUCCAGCCGCAUAUACUUAACGAACAGCCACAGGAUGGAAUUACAAAUGUGCGAGUUCACUUUAUCAACAACAGUGAAGCCAUUGAAGCUAAUGUGAUUUUGUCUCGAUCCGGUGACAUUGCGUUCAUAACGAAUCUUAAAACCGCACUACUUCAAGAAUCCAUCAAUCUAUUGGAUGUUCCCAAUAGCGAUUAUCCCGAUACCGUUGCUAACAUGGAGCGCAUCGUUCGCAUCAUUCUCAUUGUCGUCGCCGUAAUUCUAGCAGCACUGUGCUGUUCGCUGAUCGUUGCUUAUUGCAUCAAGACUAGAAGUUUAAACAGGCAGCUGAAAGCUUUGUCUGCGACUGAUUUCGGGUCGACCGAAUCGAAUCUGAAUCGUCGCGAGGCGCCCACAACGAACGUAUUUUCGGUGGAGGGUUCGAACCCUGUGCUGAAUAACAACGAUUUGGACAAGGGAAUCUUCGACAAUAUGAGCGUGAUUUCGGAAUCGUCUGAUGAUUCGGACUUUGUUGGACUGGACAAUGAUCCGACAUUUGCGCCGAAUAAACGAGAAAGUACAAAUGUUGCGGUGGUAAAUGGAAUCAACGGGAAAUUGGGUAACAUUAACCUGCAGGAUGAUUUCGAUAAUUACAUGAACGAAAGUAAAAAAAGUUCCAAAAAUUCAGAUUUUGGAUUUUCUAAAUUUUAAUUUUUUUAUUUUAACGAAAAAGUAAAACUUGUAUUUAUAUCACACACAAAAAAA